AUGUCUGAAGGAAGCAUUGCACCCACCCCGGUGGUCAUCGAGGCCCACAAUGUCGAGAAGUACUCAGUACCGGAGAAAUACUACCAGAAACACCCCUCAAAACCUCAUUUGACACUUGAGGAGUACCAAGUACAAUACAAGGAGUCUAUCGAGAACCCUGACAAGUUCUGGGGAGAGAAGGCACGGGAGCUCCUCCACUGGGACAUCCCAUUCCAGACCGUCCGAAAUGGAUCUUUCGAACACGGCGAUGUUUCUUGGUUCCUCGAGGGUCGUUUGAACGCUUGUUACAACUGUGUCGAUCGAUGGGCGUUCAAGGACCCCAACCGACCAGCCAUCAUCUACGAGGCUGACGAGCCCUCAGAAGGCCGUAUCAUUACCUACAGCGAGCUUCUCCGCGAGGUUUGCAAAUUGGCGUUUGUUCUCAAGCAGAUGAGCGUGAAGAAGGGAGACACUGUUGCGAUUUACCUUCCCAUGAUUCCAGAGGCUCUUAUUGCCUUCAUGGCCAUUGUCAGAAUCGGUGCUGUUCACUCAGUAGUAUUUGCGGGUUUCUCGGCGGAGUCUCUCCGUGAUCGUGUUAAGGAUGCCGGAUCAAAGGUCGUUAUUACUUCUGACGAGGGAAAGCGUGGUGGCAAGGUCAUCGGAACCAAGCGCAUUGUCGACGACGCCUUGAAGCAGUGCCCUGAGGUCAAGAACGUCAUUGUCUUCCGUCGCACCGGUGCUGAGGUCCCCAUGCAAGAGGGCCGUGAUUUGUGGUGGCACGAGGAGGUCAACAAGUUCCCCGGAUACUGUGCUCCCGCUCUCAUGGACGCAGAGGACCCAUUGUUCUUGUUGUACACUUCUGGCUCUACUGGUAAGCCAAAGGGUGUUAUGCACACCACUGCUGGUUACCUUUUGGGGGCAGCGAUGACUGGAAAGUACGUUUUCGAUCUCCACCCAGGUGACAAAAUGGGAACUGCGGGAGACGUCGGCUGGAUUACCGGACACACAUACGCAGUAUAUGCGCCUUUGCUUCUCGGUGUUACCACUCUCGUCUUUGAAGGAACUCCAGCCUACCCCAACUUCUCAAGAUACUGGGAUAUUAUCGAGAAACACGGAAUCACCCAGUUCUACGUCGCUCCCACAGCCCUUAGACUAUUGAAGCGUGCUGGUGACCACCACAUCAACAGGGAGAUGAAGUCGUUGAGGGUUUUGGGAUCAGUCGGUGAGCCUAUUGCUGAAGACGUAUGGAAAUGGUACCACGAGAAGGUUGGACAUGAGGAGUGCCACAUUGUCGACACAUACUGGCAAACCGAGACAGGUUCACAUGUCAUUACCCCUCUUGGCGGUGUUACACCAACUAAGCCCGGAUCUGCCUCGCUGCCAUUCUUCGGUAUCGAGCCUGCCAUCAUUGACCCUGUCUCUGGUGAAGAGCUUCACGGAAACGAUGUUGAAGGUGUGUUGGCCAUUAAGCAGCCAUGGCCUUCAAUGGCCAGGACCGUCUGGGCAUCCCACCAGAGAUACAUGGAGACCUACCUUAAUGUUUACAAGGGUUACUACUUCACCGGAGACGGUGCUGGACGUGACCACGAGGGCUACUACUGGAUUCGUGGUCGUGUCGAUGAUGUCGUUAACGUCUCUGGCCACCGUCUCUCCACAGCCGAGAUUGAGGCCGCUCUCAUCCACCACGAGGCCGUUGCCGAAGCUGCCGUCGUCGGUAUUGCUGAUGAUUUGACUGGUCAAACCGUCAACGCCUUCGUAUCGCUCAAAGAUGCAUUUUCAAACUCGGCCGAAAUGCGCAAGAGUCUGACCCUCCAGGUCCGAAAAUCCAUUGGUCCUUUCGCUGCACCUAAAGCGGUAUACGUUGUCGAUGAUCUCCCCAAGACACGGUCAGGAAAGAUCAUGCGAAGAAUUUUGAGAAAGAUUCUCAGUGGUGAAGAGGAUCAGCUUGGUGACACAUCAACAUUGAGUGACCCUAGCGUUGUAGAUGCCAUUAUCAAGACCGUUCAUGAAACUCGCGGGUCGAAAUAA